CUUGAGAGUUGGGAGAGAAGGCAAGCCAUAAGCGAUAGAGAGAGAAAAUCGGGUUGAGGAACCCGAGAAAAACAAUAUUUUAAAGGCAGGCAACCUGCGUGAUAUUCGCAUUGCAAAAAUACCACCACCAACUUCUCUUCACCACCGCCCCUCCACCAGCUAGCCAGCCAAUCAAAUCUCCUUUCCGUUGAUUCCUGCGGCGUCUCCAACUCCAAUAAACCAGGACCCUCUCUCUCGCCAUUUUGAAAGGGAAACCAAGAGCAAGAUUAAGCAGCAAUUCAAUUUGCAUUCCUCUCUUCCCUUUCCCAGGGACGCGUUUGGGGAAAGGGGUCUUUUUGACCACAACAAAAAAAAAAAAAGAAAAAGAAGGAGAAAAGGAAGCUUCUUGGUCGUUGUUAAUCGGGCUGUCAAAGGAGGGCGCUUGACAGCCCGGUUUUCUUGGACGUUUUUUCAAAGUUAAGGUAAUAAUAAGAAUCCCAUCGAAUAUACCAACUCCAAAUCUCUUGGAUGUUUUCCGUUUUUGAAUUGGAUUUGGUCUUAUUUAUAUGUGAUUGUUAUCGAAACCAAAAUCAAUGCGCCUUAUCAUUGUUGGUCUCGUCUUGGAAAUUGUUCAACAUUGAUUUGCUCCAUCUUGUGUUGGUGGUUGUCUCUCCUCCAUAUUUGGUUAUCUGGUUGUGGUCAGAUACGGUGGCCUGGCUCUGUAUUUUAUUGAUCUUUUGUAGAAUUGCCUUCAUGUUCUUAUGAGAGAUUAUCUUCUUCUAUCUCCUCUAUGGGUUCCUUGUCUGGAAUCCUUCAAAGACCAAUAGUCGCAGCUGCUGCCGUUGCCGUGGCUUCAGUUUCUGCUGACCUUUCCGAUAAACUCCCAUCUCUUAAAUCUUUAGAUACUUGUUCUUCCAUAGAGCAAUCACAUUCUUCAUUUUCUAAUUCAGUGAAAGAACCUAACUUUUCAUGGGUUUCCCAUAUAUCAUUUUCCAAGCUGACUAACUUGUCUUUUGUCGCUAGAACUCGUGUACCUAUACCUACCACCUACUUCUCUUUUCCUAAUUCAAUUCAGAAGAUUAUUCCCAACACAUUAGGUUCUUCUCUUCUUCUUCGUUCAUAUCAGUCUGCGGAGUUGGCAAGAGGACCGAAACCAACUGCACUUACAAAUGCAAUCCCUACUUCCCCUCCGGACGUGUUGUACAGAUGGCAUUUGCCAGAGCCAGAUGCUAUUGAUGUUUCUGGGUCUUCCGAUUGCUCGUUGACAAAGUCUAGGACAGUCGUGGUUCUGUUAGGAUGGUUAGGAUCAAAGCAGAAGCAUCUCAAGAAAUAUGCGGACUGGUAUACUGCAAGAGGAUUUCAUGUCAUUACUUUUACAUUUCCUAUGGCUGAGAUUCUUAGUUACCAAGUUGGUGGGAAAGCUGAACAAGAUAUAGACUUGCUUGUGAACCAUCUGGCUGAUUGGCUAGAGGAGGAGCAUGGAAAAAACCUGGUUUUCCAUACUUUUAGCAAUACUGGGUGGUUAACAUAUGGAGUUAUACUGGAGAAGUUUCAAAAUCAGGAUCCUUCCUUAAUGGGAAGGAUUAAGGGUUGUAUUGUGGAUUCUGCACCUGUUGCAGCAUCUGAUCCCCAGGUCUGGGCUUCAGGUUUCUCUGCAGCUUUUCUAAAAAAGAAUAGUGUUGCUACAAAAGUAUAUGUGGGCUCAAAUGAGUCAAAUGUAGAGGUAUUAGUUGGUAGCAACAAACCUGCAGCAACUGAAGCAGCUCUACUAUUAAUUUUGGAGUUGUUCUUUGGGGUGAUUUUGAAUCUUCCUACUGUGAACAGGAGGCUCUCUGAUGUGCUAAGCUUACUAUCAUCAAGACAACCUAAUUGUCCACAGCUAUAUAUUUAUAGCUCUGCAGAUAGAGUCAUCCCUGUGAUGUCUGUGGAAUCAUUUAUAGAGGAUCAACGGAGGGCUGGGCAUGAGGUCAGGGCUUGCAACUUUGUGUUUACGCCUCAUGUUGAUCAUUUCAGAAAUGAUCCAAAAUUGUACAGCUCUCAGCUUACCGACUUUUUGGAUGACUAUGUGCUUACUUGUUGUAAACAUGCCUAAUUGAAAUCAUUGAGGCAAUAUUGAUCAAACCCUUCAUUCUUUCCCUUUUUUCUUUUGAAAAAAAAAAAAUAUUACAGUUGCACAGCUUUUAGAUAUUAUUUCAUUGGCAUAGAUUUAUUGAAUGCAACAGGAGGAAUAAUAACUUCUUUGUUGUUCAUAUUUAUGGUUUUUAUUUUUUCAAGUGUUUGUUUUUUUGAAUUCAGAACUUCCCCUUUAGAGAAAAUGUGUGGUUAGCAAGUGGGCCAAGUUCCAGUGACUAAUUGUAUUUGUUGUUGACAUUAUAUAAAAUUGUACUGAUCGUACUUUUCAUUGACCA